AUGGGGCUCGCCCGAGCCCUACAACACUUUGUCCUAGUGCACGGCACCGGCCACGGUGCCUGGUGCUGGUCCAAGCUCGUGCCCAUGCUCCAGGGCUCCGGCCACCGUGUCACCUGCAUCGACCUCGCCGGAUCAGGUGCCAGCCCCGUCGACCCCGGCUCAGUCCGGUCGUUCGACGAGUACACCCUGCCGCUCGUCGACUUCCUGUCCGCUCGGCCGGCCGGCGAAAAGGUGAUUUUAGUUGGGCAUAGCGCAGGAGGGCUAAGUGUGACCCAUGCGACGCACUUAUUCAGCCACAGAAUUAAGCUGGCAAUCUUCAUAGCAGCAACCAUGCUCCCACUUGGCUACCAGACGCAACAAGACAUGAAAGAUGGCGCACCUGAUUUAACCGAGUUUGGGGACGUCUAUGAGCUAGCAUUUGGUCUUGGAAUGGAUCACCCACCAACGAGUGUAGCACUGCAGACAAAGUACCAGCGCAUGAUCCUGUCCCAGGAAAGUCCCCCAGAGGACUCUGAGCUUGCCUCCGCCCUACUCCGUCCAUGGCCUGCCGCCUUGAGUGAAGCCAGGUUUGGGACAGACUGGAGAGCGAUCGACCGGGUGCGGCGCGUGUACAUAACGACGGCAAAGGAUCGCAUGAUGAAGCCGGAGCAGCAGGAGGCCAUGAUUCGCCGGUGGCCACCGAGCAAGGUUGUGGCCAUGGACACCGACCACAGCCCCUUCUUCUCCCAACCGGAGCGUCUCUUUCAGCUCAUCGUCCAGUCACUGUGA